AUGAAAGCUUCAAUGCUUUUGAUUUAUUUGAUAACUACGACAUUGAUUUGCGGGGCUUUUAGCUACAAUUUUGACAACUUAGUCCAACAGCAAGUAUCGAAGCUGCCAAAGUUCAUCUGCAAUGUCAUUAAAAGUGCAAAACGUGAAGAUUUAGGCUUAAAAAUUGUGACUUUUGUGACGACGGAAAAUAAACUCGAACAUUCGAUGAUUGAUGACGUAAUACGAUGCAUGCCAAUGGACAUUACCACAACUUUGAUUGAUUUGAGAUUGUCUGAAGGUAAAAUCGAUUCCAAGGCACAAAUUGUUGUCUUGCUGGCUGAUCAGAUUAAUGUUGUCAUGUCCUCACUGCUGUCUGCAAAUCACAUGUCAAAGUUCCUGAUUAUCACAUCAGAUGCUGCAAAAUUGAACCCUCAAAAUGUCCAAAAUGUCCUCAACUCGAAUGGAAUUCAAAAUUUUGCUAUCAUAGCUGAAGAAGGAGCUUCAGUUGCUGUCCAACGACCUGAAACAUUCAACGGUGAAGUCAAAAUUGCCACGAAACUUCAAAAACCACAUAUUUCCAGCCAAAUUUACCCAGACAAAUUGAAGAACCUCAAUGGCUAUAAAUAUAAAGUGGUCAUAAAGUUUGAUUCCACAGCUUCUGCCUUGCUAAACAGUCAAAUAAAAUUGGUGACUUCGCAACUUUUCGAAUCACUUUCUGCAGUACAAAAUGCAAGCACAGAGAUUAUUCCUAUUGUUGACAUAACCAAGCUACCGCACUUUGACUUUAUUGUGAAUCCCAAAGUCACAUUGACGUUAAACUUGAACACAAUAAUGCUGUAUAGUCGCGAAAAGUUCUGUAUUUUAAUACCAAAAGUCAUACAGUCCUCAAACUCAAAUGACUUAAUGUCAAAAAAUGUUUCAAAACCAGUCAAGUUCUUAGUUAUCUUAAUUUAUGUGAGUGUGUAUUUACUUUGGAGGUUAUGUAAGAACCACGGAGCAGUUGAUGAACCAAGUACCAUCGUCCUUAACAACUUUGCUGCUUAUCAUGAUCAAGGUGUCAGCUUUAGUCGUAAUAAUCAUCUAAUAUUGACAAUUAUGAUCCAAGUCUUGAUGAUUAUGACUAUUUUUUUAAAUCUCAUGAAUCAGUGGGUCAUUGGGAUUGCUUUAUCAUUCCCACAAGGAGAAUUGAGUUUGGCUGAUUCUUUAAGAGUGUUUAAUGAGUCCCAAGAUACAAAGCUAUAUGUAGACCUGGAUUAUGAAGAAUAUUUCCUUUCAACUGUGCCAAAUCGACGUGAGGCAAAACAAGAUAAAAAAAUUAAAUUUUAUUACGAAAAUAAUUUUAUUGCUGUUGGAAUUGACCACAAAAAGACAGCUUUUAUUGGAUAUUGUGACUUUAUUAAAAUCCUGGACACUAGUGACGAGUAUGUCUAUAAAGUUUAUGAAAAUUAUUUCUAUUUGUACAUCAGCGUUCUGCACUUUCCACAAAAUCCUUUAAUUAUUCAUGUUAAGACAUUUAUAAGCUAUGCAUUUGAGGCUGGACUGACUCAAUAUUGGAAUACAAUGUCAAAAAUGAAAAUUUACGGACGAAACUUUGCCAAGUCAAAUGCUGAUGAUGUUGAUGAUGACUUAUUUACAGUUUUUGGGAUGAAUAUACUGAAGCCUAUAUUUUCUGAUCUGUUGCAAGGGCUGGUUGGAGCUAGUUUUGUCCUUAUUUUGGAAGUCUUCUUUUAUGACUUUAUUCAGCGACUGUCAUGGCAACUCAUCAGAAACUGGGCAUUAUUAUUGGUGUCAAAAAGAGUUGAAAAACAAACACAGAACAUAAAUUGGCAAAAUGUUGGGAGAAUCCAACGUGCUUGGUAUUUUUGGAAGCAACGAAGGAAUUUGAAGCAACUAUCGAUGCUCCCUAAGUUUAUCUGCAAUGUCACUAAAAGUGCAAAAAGUGAAGAUUCAGGCUUAAAAACUGUGGCUUUUGUGACGACGGAAAAUAAACUCGAACAUUCGAUGAUUGAUGACGUAAUGCGAUGCAUGCCGAUGAACAUUUCCACAACUUUGAUAGACUUAAGGAUUGUUGAAGGUAAAAUGGAUAUUAAGGCACAACUUGUUGUCAUCUUAUCUGAUCAAAUUGAUGCUGUCAUGUCCUCACUGUUGUCUGCAAAUCACAUGUCAAAGUUCCUGAUUGUCACAUCAGAUGCUGCAAAGUUGAACCCUCAAAAUGUCCAAAAAGUCCUCAACUCGAAUGGAAUUCAAAAUUUCGCAAUCAUAGCUGAGGAAGGAGCUUCAGUUGCUGUCCAACGACCUGAAACAUUCAACGGUGAAGUCAAAGUUGUAAGAGAACUCCAAAAACCACACAUUUCCAGCCAAAUUUACCCAGACAAGCUGAAGAACUUGCAAGGCUACAAGUAUAAAGUUGCAAUUGACUUCAGAUCAUAUCCAAUCACAAGCAGACACAACAGAAUCGUUCAAAGAACAUCACAUCUAUUCCGAACUAUUGCCAGACAUCAAAAUGCAACCUUAAAACUUAUCAGAGUGCGGGAUUCAACAACAUUUAAUAGGCAUAACAACAAUUUUUGCAUUUUGAUGCCAAAAGUCAAUAAAUUCACAGCUCGGGAACUUUUAUCUCCACAAAAGACUGAUCUUCUUGUUUCUAUCUGCUUGUCAGUCACUUAUGUCAGUAUUUUCGUGAUUUGGAGGUUAUUUAAAGGUCGUGGAGCUGUCGAAGCACCUGAUCAAAUAGUUUUCAAGUUUCUUGGAGCUUUCAAUGGUCAAAGUGCUCACUUCAGCCGAAAGAAUCGUUUAGUUCUAAGAAUUCUGAUUCAACUUAUGAUGAUCAUGUCCAUAUUCACAAAUAUUAUCAAUCAAUGGAAUAUUGGGACAUCGCUAGCAUAUCCACAAGGCGAAUUGAGUCUAAAUGAUACUUAUAAGAUUUUUGCAGAUCACAAAGAUUCUAAGAUUGCUGUUGAUGCAAUUAUGGAUGACGUGAUGCCAUUAAGAGUUAGAACUUACUAUCGCUUAAAAGUCAUGGACAGAAUCGUUCUUUUUGAUGAAAGAACUUUCAAUUUGGAUACUUUUGAGCAUCAAAAAGUGGCAGUAUUUGGACAUUGUGAAUUUGUUAAAGUUAUGGCGACUCAAAAUCAGAAUUUUUUUGAUUAUCCAAUGCCAUCAAUCUUGUCUGCAAUACAAGUCAAUUAUGGACCUCAAAAUCCAUUUGCUGACAAGAUCGAGGAACUUAUGAAACAUGCAUUUGAGGCUGGACUGCCUGAUGUUUGGGAAACGAUGAUAAAAAUGAGAACUUUUGGGCAAAAUUAUCAAAAAUCUGAAGCUGUGAUUAAAAAUGAUAUUUUUGAUAUUUUGGGAUUUGAUAAGCUAUUGCCAUUGUUCCAUAGUUUUGGUCAAGGACUUGGGCUAGCAUUUGCCAUUUUUAUUAUUGAAAUCUUGUAUCAUGACUGCAUCCGUCACUUGUCAUGGCAACUGAUAAGGCAAUGGACAUCAUCAAUGGCAUUAAGAAGCAAUAAGAAGCAAAAAGAGACAAUAAAUUGGCAACAAGUUGGAAGAAUCCAACGUGCUUGUGCAAAAAGUGAAGAUUCAGGCUUAAAAAUUGUGGCUUUUGUGACGACGGAAAAUAAACUCGAACAUUCGAUGAUUGAUGACGUAAUGCAAUGCAUGCCAAUGGACAUUUCCACAACUUUAAUUGAUUUGAGAUUGGCUGAAGGGAAAAUGGAUAUUAAGGCACAACUUGUUGUCAUCUUAUCUGAUCAGAUUAAUGUGAUCCAAAUGAGAAAGUUAAUUCCAUUGAACCUUCAAAACUCUCUCAUCACAGCAGAAACAAAGAUUCUCAUCAUCACAACUGACAUCGCAGGCUUAAAUACCCAAAAAAUCACAAGAUUCCUCACAAAUCACGGAAUUUUGAAUUUUGCAGCUAUUCAAGAAGACAAGGAAGUCAUCUUGGCUCAAAGGACUGAAACAUUCAUGGGAGAUCCAGUCACAAUAAAGAUCAUCAAUCACAGAAACCUAACAAAGCAUCUAUUCCCUCACAAACUGAAGAACCUGAAUGGCUACAAAUACAAAAUAUUCAUGGCAACAUCCAACUUGAACAGAACAAACCGGAUUGUGCAGAGGAUCUCCAGACUCUUUCGAGCAAUUGGACAAGUUCAAAAUUCAGGAAGAAACUUAACAACACAAAAUGCUGAUGGACGUUGGUUCCCUUUUGCUCCAUACGGAUUCCGUAAAACUGAUUUUCUGGUUGGUGCUGAAUUCAGCAAAGCUAGACAUCCAAACUCGAUUCCACUCUACAACCGAGCAUCUUUCUGUGCAUCAAUUCCAAAAGUUAUGCGAUUUUCAACGGUUCGCUACAAGCUUCUUACUGAAUAUGAUGCAGCAUCUAUGGUCUGCAUUAUUGUAUCUUCUUUAGCAUUGCUCAUCAUUUGGAAAUUGUAUAAAGGCAGUGAUUCAGGCGGAUCUGUAAAUUUUGCGCUCAAGUUGUAUGGACAAUAUCAUGGACAGUCACAGCAGUUUAGCAGACAAAAUCCAAGAAUGUUGACAAUCUUGAUCCAAAUCAUCAAUUUCACAACAAUCGUUUUGAGUGUCUACAACCAAAGGAUGAUUGGACUUACUCUUGCUAAUCCACAUGAGAAUGUCGGGAUUGAGACUUCAUACAAACUUUUUAUGGACUCAACAAGCUCAAAAAUGAUGAUUGAUGCUGUUUUGGAACCGGUGAUGUCAUCACUAAUUCAUGGACAUGAAAAUGUUGAGAAAAAUGACCGGAUAGUUUCGUACGAUGAAGAAAAGUUUGAUUUUGGAAGCUUUGACCGAACCAAAAUGAGUAUAAUUGGACAUUGUGACUUUGUCAAGAUUCUGUCAACUGAAAAUGAAUAUUUUUACAAACUUGAUGCUGGAUUUCACUUGUCAUACACUCAAAUAAGUCCAGGAGCUUUAAAUCCACACGCUAUGAAGAUUCAGACAUACAUCAACUAUGCAUUUGAGGCUGGAUUGACUGAAAUUUGGGAAACUCAAGCAAAAAUGAGAAUUUUUCGAGGAAAUUUCGCAAAAUCUGAGGCAAAAAUUGUGAAAAUUUUCUUUGAAGUUUUACCUUUUGACAAAUUAGCUGUUGUGUUUAGUUUAUUGGUACAUGGAUGUCUAGCAGCUGCUGUAUUGUUCAUGUUAGAGAUCUUUUAUUUUGAGUUCGUUCGGAACCUGUCAUGGCAACUUGUAAGGUACUGGACAACAUCGAUUGUAUCAAGGAUUAAUAAGGAACAAGAUGAAAACAUAAAUUGGCAAAAUGUUGGGAAGCUCCGACGUGCUUGGUACUUUUGGAGACAACGAAGGUACUUGAAGGUUCGGAGGAUCAAUGUUAGGGCUGCUGAUGUUUAA